CUGUGGAAAGUAGUAGAAACAGUGAAAAAGGUCGCUCUUUUCUUCGCCCUUGCGCGCACACAAAUCAUUCGCCCCUCUCUCUACCAUGGCCAAUUCCCUUCUUCUAGGGUUUCUAGGGCUUGCGGCGCUCCUCCUCCCCUUCGGGGCCGUCGCCGCUGCCUCCUCCUUCACGUCGUCUUCUGCCGCCAGUUCCAUCCACGACCUCCUCCGCGCUUACGGCCUGCCCGGGGGGCUCCUCCCCCGGGAGGUCGAUUCCUACACCCUGGAUCGGCCGUCCGGCCAGCUCGAGGUCCGGCUCGGCCGCCCCUGCUAUGCCCGGUUCGAUGGAAUGGUCCUCUUCGACAGCGUGGUCCGGGCCAAUCUCACCUACGGCGGCCUCCGCGCCCUGGUCGGCGUCUCCCAGGAGGAGCUCUUCCUCUGGCUCCCCGUUCGCGAGAUCCUCGUCUCCGACCCCUCCUCGGGCGUCAUCCUCUUCGACAUCGGCCUCGCCCACAAGCAGCUCUCCCUCUCCCUCUUCGAGUCCCCACCGGACUGCAGCACGGGCGAGGAAGGGGAAGGGCUUUCCGGCCCCAGAGGUGGUGACCAACCACUAAAGAUGGGUUUUUGAUGAAGGUCUUGAGGUGAACAUAUAGUCUCUGUUCCUGUCUUCCGGGUCGAUUGUAAAUGAUAACAGGAUUGCUGUUUCUGUUCUAGUAGUGCUUUUUCUCUUGCCUCAUAA